GGUCGGUAGCGGUCGGCGCGGCGGGCGGGGCUGGUGCGGGGCCGGGCGCGGCUCGCCUGCGGCGCGGAGCUCCCGAAGGGCCAGUCCCGCGGCGCCGGCCUCCACCCUUUUUCGCUUCUGAUGCUCGGCGGCCAGACUCUGUUCCUCUUCCCGGGAGGCCUUGGGUCACGUCUGACACUGAAGACUUUUUAAAUAAAUGCGCCUGUUUCUGUGCCUUGAAGGGUCUUGGACUGCACUCUGACAACUGUUGCUGCUUGUGUGGUAUGUAGAAUUAUGUCCCCUUUUUUGUUCUUAAUAGUAUUUCUUUUUCCAUUUCUUUUCUGCCUCCCUCCAUUGGACUUGCCAGAUGUUUGUGUGUCUUAUUAGCAGUGUUGAGAUUAUGUUUUGUUUCUUUAAAUCAAGUAUUCUUUAUUUUCUUCCAUCUUUUCUUGAAUUGCUUUUAUUAGUCUGUGUCUAAUUUCUUUAUUUUUUUUUAAGAUUUUAUUUAUUUAUUUGAGAAGGAGAAUUGGAGAGAGAGCGAGCAUGGGAGGGGGAGGGGAAGAGGGAGAAGUAGAUGUCCCGCUCAGCGGGGAGCCCGAUGGGGUACUUGAUCCUGGGACUCUAGGAUCAUGACCUGAGCUAAAGGCAGUCGCUUAACCAGUGGAGCCACCCAGGCGUCCCUGUAUCUAAUUUCUUUUUUUUUUUUUUUAAAGAUUUUAUUUAUUUGAGAGAAAGCACAUAUGUGUGGGGAGAAGGGCAGAGGGAGAGGGAGAAGCAGACUCCCCAGGGAGCCCAAUGUGGGGCACAAACCCAGGACUCUGGGAUCGUGACCUGACCGGAAGGCAGAUGCUUACCUCCCUGAGCCCCCCCAAGGCCCCUGAGGUGGUCCUUUUUAAUCAUAUAUUUCCAGCAUAACAGAGAAUGUUUUGCCAAAUGGUAUCGAUCUUUGGAAUUGUUGCCUGGUGUGUGAUGUUCUUACUAGUUUUGAGAUCUAUCUUGGAAUCUCUCUGUUUCCACAACUAUUCUGUACUUGUUCCACGUGUGUCUGAGGGGGGCGCGCUGGGGUCUGUCAUUCCGGGGGGCUUUGCCGGUUGCUCUCUGCACCUCCCAUUAGCAUUGGCUUUCCGUGUUCCAAGUGUCUUGGUGGACACACACUUGUCUGCAGUGACAGCUUCUGGGUGGGUUUCCCUGUUACUAAUAUGUGUUACUCAUUUUCUUUUAAGAUUUUAUUUAUUUACUUGACAGAGAGAGAUCACAAGCAGGCAGAGAGGCAGACAGAGAGAGGAGGUCCCCGCUGAGCAGAGAGCCCGAUGGGGGGCUCGAUCCCAGGACCCGAGAUCAUGACCUGAGCCGAAGGCAGAGGCUUGAACCCACUGAGCCACCCAGACACUUGUCUUAUAUUCAGCCUUUCUGUAUUAUUUUGUUUUAGGUUAUGCAGGUACAUUUUGUGUGUCUCUGUUAGAGAAUCUUGUGCUUCUAGUGGGUGAGUUUAAUUCUUUUAUUUCUAACCAUUAUUCAGCCACUGAACUUGUUUCUACUUAUGUAUUUUUUACCAUCUAUACUUUGAUUUUGUUCUGUACCUUCUGGUUUGUUUUUUUUUUUUUAACUUCUUUUUGUCCUCAACACUUAACAGGUUGACUUUAUUCUUGCAUAUAAAGUGAAUGAGUGUGCCAUUUUCCUCCUGAAUGAGACCGCUUGGUGUGUCAGAAAGGUUGAGGGGAACAGAUGACCUGAGGAGUCAUCCCUGCAGCACUGGUGUGACUCACACUGGGAAGCCCAGGGUUCCAGGUGAUGGCGGCUUUGCACCUGUCUGCCCUGCCCCAGGCUGAGGUGACCUUUGAGGACGUGGCCGUGCUAUUCUCCCGGGAGGAGUGGGGUCGUCUGGGCCCUGCUCAGAGGGGCCUCUAUAGGGACGUGAUGCUGGAGACCUACAGGAAUCUGGUCUCCCUGGGAGCUGGACCUGCCGGUCCCAAGCCUGGGGUGAUCACACAGUUGGAACGAGGGGAUGAGCCGUGGGUCCUGGACGCACAGGGCGCCGAGGGGAAAGAGCGACUGAGAGUCAGUGUCUCAGGUCAUGGGACCAGGACUGAAUACAAAGAGUUGUCUUCAGGGGAGAUGCUUGGUGGGGAAGAGUUGGAUCAACUCCAGAAGGCUGUUCUCCAAGGACCUGAUCCUGGAGAGACCCAGGCAUGUGUCUGGGAGCCAGAGGAGAGCCUGGACAAGCUUGUAGAGCAGAGAGGCCUGAGGCCAGUCACACUGGCCAAUGAGGAGAACAUCCAGGAGUCUGGGGGAAGCCUCAGGUUUUGGUCAAGCCCUAUCUCUGAUCAGAGACCUCACAAAUGCGAUAUAUGUGAACAAAGUUUUGAACAGAGAUCAUACCUCAAUAACCAUAAACGUGUACACAGGUCAAAAAAGACAAAUAUAGUCCAUGAUUCUGGGGAAUUCUUCAGUGCAAAUUUAGUUGUUAGAGACGAUCAGAAAAUUCCUCUUGGGAAAAAAUUGCAUUAUUGUGGUUACUGUGGGAAAGCCUUCAGGUACAGUGCUAACCUUGUCAAACACCAGCGGCUUCAUAGUGAAGAGAAGCCCUACAAGUGUGACGAGUGUGGGAAAGCUUUCAGUCAGAGCUGCGAGUUCAUCAAUCACCGAAGGAUGCACUCUGGGGAGAUCCCCUACCGUUGCGGUGAGUGUGGGAAGACAUUCAACCAGAGGCCCAACCUCAUGAAACAUCAGAGGAUUCACACCGGGGAAAAGCCCUAUAAGUGUGGUGAUUGUGGGAAGCACUUCAGUGCCUAUUCUUCCCUUAUUUAUCACCAGAGAAUCCACACUGGAGAGAAACCCUAUAAGUGUAACGACUGUGGGAAAGCCUUCAGUGACGGCUCGAUCCUUAUCCGACACCGUCGGACCCACACUGGGGAGAAGCCAUUCGAAUGUAAAGAAUGCGGCAAAGGUUUUACUCAAAGUUCCAACCUCAUCCAGCAUCAGAGAACUCACACUGGGGAGAAACCCUACAAGUGCAGCGAAUGCGAGAAAGCCUUCAUCCAGAAGACCAAACUUGUCGAGCAUCAGAGAAGCCACACCGGCGAGAAGCCCUACGAAUGCAGUGACUGUGGCAAAGUGUUCAGCCAGAGCACACACCUUAUCCAGCACCAGAGGAUCCACACAGGAGAGAAGCCGUACAAGUGCAGUGAGUGUGGGAAGGCCUUCCACAACAGUUCCAGACUCAUCCACCACCAAAGGUCGCACCACGGAGAGAAGCCGUACAAGUGCAGCGAUUGCAAGAAGGCCUUUAGCCAGGGCGCGUACCUCGUCCAGCACCGGAGGAUCCACACGGGCGAGAAGCCCUACAAGUGCAGCAAGUGUGGGAAGGCCUUCCGGCACAGUUCCAACAUGUGCCAGCACCAGAGGAUCCACCUCCGCGAGGACUUCGCGCGCUGACCGCGGAGGACGGCCCGAGUUCCGCGAGCGCCGCCUCCGCACACCCCGCCCCUUUAUUUAUUGUCCGCGCAGUGUUGUUACAGACCAGGGAUGUUUCUAAUUAAAAACAAACAAACAGUUUUCUUAAACCAAAAGCAGUGCAUGUUCAUUUUGGAGAAUUGAGAGAGGUAAGGAAAACCUAGUCUCCCCCACGCAGGGAGAGGCUCUGCCCCUGGUGAUCGGGCACAGGCCUCCUCCACACAUUGUUGAGCGCACACAGGCUCUCCCCUUCGCUGCUUCCUCAAUCCUGGAGAACUCGCACUGGGAAGAAUUCUACACAUUCACAUAUUUUUACCUAUUAUAAGUUUAAAAGAUGAACAGUCAUACUUUUCUGUGUCUUUAUAAUACAGUUGAUAAUUGCCAUUUUUAUUGUAAAAUAUAGACAACAUAAAAUUUACUGUUUAACCAUUUUUAGGUAUGCAGUUCAGUGGCAUGAAAUAGAUUCUCAGUGUUGUGUGACCCUCACCACUGUCUUACUUGCGGCGGGGAGUCUGUGCGGUUACCCAGGAGCUCGCCUUGUCCCUUUUUCUCACAGCCGCUGACCAUCUCUCCUCUAUUUUCUGUCUGAAUUUGCCUAUUUCUCUUAAGUGGAAUAAUACAUUGUCUCCCCUUUAUAGCUUCUGUAACUUUGCAUAAUGUCCUUGAGGUUCAUCCAUUUUGUAGCCUGUAUCAGAAUAUCGUUCUUUUUUAUGGCCGAAAAAAAAUGACCUUCUUUGUAGACACCA